CACCGGCAUCCAGGCCCGAGUCAAUUCGCCGUCCAGGCCGACUCCUGAUCUUUUCAUUCUAACAACACUGGCAACCUAGGCUAUGCGUGCCGCUAACCCAUGAAUAUCCUGGUAUCCUGAACAGGGAGACUCAAUGGAUGUUGAAACGCCGGAGUCCGAUGUCAACGUCGGCGCUGCAGCAAUGCGAUGCUUCUAAGAUGCUCCCUCAGAAUGGCUCGAUGGCGGGCAACCGCGACAUGCGGAGGUUGCGCAGGUCCGCCCAAUCAUCGCCCGGAACUUCGCAUUCCUCAAGGCUGAAGCAAUGCUCUGAUGCAUACAAGUCGUCCCUCGGAUUACCUCACCGUUCACCGCCAUUUCUACAGUAUAAAAUCGUGUGUUUCCUCCCCAACCUCUCCUUUCUUUCCACAGUAUUCCUAAUCUAAACUCAACUCAAACAUGCCCACCGAUAUUAUCCUCCCCACCCUCACCGUCUGGGCGCAAGGUGCGCUCACGGGCCUCCUCGAGUCGAAGACGCAGGAGGACUUCGAUGGGCGCUUCGAGUCCAUGUUCGCGCGCGUGGUGAACGUGACCGUGAACGGGAAGCACCUCUCGCGGGAGCAGUACAAACAGGAGCUCCUCGACCAGUCUGCGGCGGGCCCGACACAGCAAAGCGCGACGCUCUCUGUCUCAGGCCAGCUUGAGGUCGAGCAGGGAGACCAGGGGCAGCUGGAGGGCCUCGUGGGACUGUUCUACACCUCGAAUGUCUUCUCGAAGUUCCUUGUCCUCGGCUUCCCAGCUGAGAUCAAGGUCACUUCGUCCUUGAACCUCGUCGUCGCUCCUAAGGGCCACGAAGUGAUCCCUCCCCACACCGUCGGCGGCGACUACGACUCCCGGCGCAUUACCACCGUCAAUCAGAUUAUCACAGAGCAGACAUACCACGUCACCCUCCCCAACCUCCCGACAGGGACCGUCUCUGGCGUUACCACGAAGCCUGAGCUGGGCCCCGGACCGGUCAAGCUUCCUCCUCACUUUGGCCCUGGGCCCGUCAAGCUCCCUCCUCAGUGAGAGCCUAUUGACCAGACACUGUCACGAUGAGAUAUCUAUUCUCAAC